AUGGUUGAUAAUGAAGGUGCAGCAAACAAAGAAGCGAAAAAUAAUGGUUCACCUAAAUCAGCGGCAGCAGCAUCGUCAUCCUCAUCAUCAGGUUGUUUUGCUAGCGGUACAUUAAUUACUUUACCCAAUCAAAAACAAAUUCCAAUUGAACAACUUCAAUCCGGUGAAGAAUUAUUAACAACUGAUGGAUCUACCAUUUUCACUACUCAGAUGGUGAUGAUGCUUGACAAAAAUAGAUUAUCACAAGCUAUUUUUCAUACUAUUACAACUACAUCUGGACAUUACGUUAGUCUUACUGAACUUCAUUUAGUUCCUAUUAUCGAAAAUGAUAAUACAAUAAAUUAUAUUCCAGCUAAACAGAUUAAGAUUGGUGAUCUUCUUUAUGUUAUGUCUAAUGGUCAACUUGUUUCAUCAACAGUUACAAAUGUAAUUUUGGAAAUGAAAACUGGUUUUUAUGCACCAUUGACCACUAGUGGUACAUUAUUUGCAAAUGGUAUUAUGACCAGCUGUUAUGCUAACGUUCGAAGUCAUAGAGCAGCACAUUUAUCUAUGGGCCCAUUACGUUUUUAUCAUUGGUUAGCUCAAUUAUUAUCUAUUAAUGAACCUUUUGGCCAUCAGAAUAUGGAAAGUGUACAUGUUAUACCGAAAGUUAUGUAUGAACUUGUUCAUUUCUUGUAUCCUUCAGCACUCCAAGUUUCAUAA